AUGGAUGGACUCGACGAAGUUGCGAUUUCCACUCUAAAAGCUGCUAACAUUGGGGAAGACAUUUUACCAACUCUCUCACGAGAGGAUAUCCGAGAUCUCUUUCCUGGUCCUGAGCACUUCCUGCGGCGCAAAGCCAUUUGGCUUUUGACUCAUAAGGAAGAACAGGGGCACACCAUUCCUGUUGAAGUCCAAGGUUCAUCAGCAGAUGAUGAACAUACUGAAAGUUCAAAACAAGAUGACCCCAGCACUUCAAAGUUUUUAAAGUUACCCAGCCCAGAAUAUGUUCUCUUCACUGACAGUGAACUACAACACGUGAGACGGACAUACUUUGAGCAGCAGCGUCUUGGAAAAGAGGGUGACGUCACCUUAUCGAAGGAGCUGUUCUGCCGGCUCAUCCGAAAUACCAUGACAAACAUGAUAUCAAUUGCAAGAGCAUCUUCAGAAGACUACAAAUAUCCCACUAAACAUGAAGUUAUUGCCAUGGCAAAACGGUUAGUGGAAUACUACCCUAUGAUGAAAGAUAAGUCAACUGGAUCUAGGCAUGAGUGGGACACUGUUGCCAAAAAGCUCCUGAAGCGACUUUCAAACAUCCGAAGUCCUGUGAAGGCCAAACAGCCUCCUUCCAAAAGAGCACGUCAGGACAGAGAAACUUCUGCUGCAGUGGCAAGUGACUAUGACGCUGAUUCCAGUGCAUCAACAGUCAAUCUGUCACCACCUUCAAGAUCAAGCACCCCAAGGCAAGAAAAUGACAACAUCGAUGAAGCAUGCAAUGGAUGAACUGCGGAGAAUCAUUGAGCCAGACAAUUGCAAAUACAUUUCUGAGGUGAAGGGCAGGUGGGAGACCUUCUACUCCAAGGUUCAGUUUUAUGGAGUGAUGAAGAAAGUCAUGAAGCCUCAGCGGACAUUAAAUGGAGCCCUCAGAGGAUCCAGAUACCUACAUCCACAGGCGUGCAUUUUCCACUCCUGUCUUGCUGGUUGGUGAGGAGAACUGCAUGGUGGUUGUAGAUACAACUCCAGUUCUAACAUUUGACAGAGACUUGCUCCACGAGGGGCCUCUCUACCUCCUGGCCUAUUACUAUGCAUUUCAUCUCACGUAUCCAAAGUGUCUUGCAACACUCUUGUCUGUGUUGCAAACACAAGUUCUGAGAGAUGCCAUCCACGAGCAGGAUGCAACCCCCUCGUACAAAAAGGCCAUUCAAGAAUGGAGAA